AUGUUGUCUAAAGGAUGCUUAGCUCUGCGGCAGAGCGUGGCAAGUUUGCCUUUCAAGCCGCUCGGAAGUGUGGCCUGCUCUAAUCUCAGACUAUUUUCAGGCAAGAUCGAUAAUGCAGACGACGCAAAGAAAGCCAAGGAAGCUGUUGGAAUGGAGAAGCCCUUAGGAAAGGAGGGAGCAGAGUCCAUGGAGCCUGCUGGUGUGAUGGAGAACAAGCAGGGCGCUGCUGAAGAAUAUUCAGAGCUGAUAGGGAAGCACAAGCAGCAGAAUGAGAAGAUGUUGAAGGGCGCCAAACCAGCCGACCUGUACCGCGAGAAUGCCAAGGCUACGUCAGCUGCAAAUGCUAAGCCUGGCGGCGAUGACUUGCUAGACAAGCAGACCCAUGAUCGCUGA